AUGCGGCAGGCGCGACUAACGAUGCUCGCCGGGGCCGCCCUUUUGCUCCAAUGGGCAGGCGCAGGCGCAGCCUCGGCCUCAGCCUCGUCUCUUUCCACCACAUCGUCGACAACGGCCACAACACCGACCACAACGCCAACACGCACCGUCUACGUCGCGUCCAAGGCGCCCACAACCGGCGCGGCCGCCGCCACGGGCCUUGUCCGCAACUAUGCCUACCAGGGCUGCUACCUCGAGAUUGCCGGCACCAACGGCACCGCCCCCGGCGCGCGCUCGCUCCAGGGCGACACGACCGACGAAGUCCUCCCCGGCGACAUGACCGUGGCCAAGUGCCUCGCGUACUGCGGCGGCGGCGGCAGCGGCACGGCCUACGCGUAUGCCGGGCUCGAGUUCUCGCGCGAGUGCUGGUGCGGCCAGGCGCUGUCGUCGCUGGCCACCAAGGAGGCCGAGGCGCAGUGCAAUCUGCCGUGCGACGGCGACGACAGCACGCUCUGCGGCGGCGAUCUGCGGUUGACGCUGUACAUGCUCACAUCGCCGGCCACGCGGCCCGAGAUUGCGCUGAGUGCGAUGGCCGCCGUUGCUGGACUGGCCGCCGCCGUGCAGCUUCUGUAA